AUUUUAAAAAAAUUAUGUAGUGAAAUUUUUUCUGGAAACAAGUACUUGUUCUUUAACUACUUAUCAUGACAUCAUUUUGUUGUUACAGAUCAAGAUAUAUAACCUGUGUCACAGAACUUGCAACCUCAGGAUAUCAUUGACUUUUUCAGUUCAGUUAUGGUAGACCUAAACUCAUCUCCUCUUUCACUCUUCAUCAUCUCCUUGUUCAUCAUCAUCGUCAUCACUUUCUUGUUCUACAACAAGUCUAACUCCAGAACCCCUUGUCCUGAAUCUUAUCCGCUCAUCGGAAACCUCAUUGGAUUGAUCAAGAACCGCCACCGUUUUCAUGACUGGGUCACUGACAUGCUCUGCACCACCCCUUCGCUUACUCUCCAAGUAACUGGUUUCCUGCACCUCUCUCACGGCAUUUGCACUGCUGAUCCGGCCAAUCUGCACCACCUUCUCCGCUCCAACUUUGACAAUUUUGUGAAAGGCCAUCGAUUCUACUCCGUCCUGCAUGAUCUCCUUGGUGAUGGUAUCUUUAAUGUUGAUGGCCAUCUCUGGUCCUCUCAGCGGAAAAUAGCUAGCUAUGAAUUCAACACCAGGUCUCUUAAGAACUUCAUUUCUUAUACGGUCAAGCUUCAGAUCACUAAUACUCUGAUUCCACGUCUCGAGGCUGCUUGUGAUGCUGGAGAAAUCAUUGACUUGCAGGAAGUGCUUCGACAUUUCACUUUUGAUAAUAUAUGCAGUGUGGCAUUUGGGGUUGAUUCGGGGAACUUGAUGGCGAAAGGGUCGUUUGUGGAGGCGUUUGAUUAUGCGGUGGAGAGGAGUUCGGAGAGGUUUAUGUUGCCAGUGCAGAUGAUUUGGAAGAUGAUGAGGUUUUUUAAUGUGGGGAGUGAGAGGAAGUACAGAGAAGCUAUUAAAGUGAUUGAUGAAUUUGCAAUGGAAGUGAUAAGGCUUAAGGAGAAGAAGUGGGAGCUCAUGGAAGGCAACGCGGAUUUUAGCAGUGAGGACUUGUUGUCGAGAUUCAUGGGUUCAACUUUGGAUUUUGGGUUUCCAGAUCAAGAUGAGAAGAGGAAGUUCUUGAGAGAUAUUGUCAUUAGUUUUGUACUUGCAGGGAAAGACUCGACCUCAACAGCAUUGACAUGGUUCUUUUGGUUGAUGUCCGGGCAUCCUCGAUGCAAAAACUUGAUCUACAAAGAAUUAUCAUCUGCAGUUCCAGGGUCCGGGAACUGGUUAGAAAGUUUUAGGUAUGAGGAGCUGAAGAGGUCUCAUUAUCUUCAAGCAGCUCUUUCAGAAACGCUGCGCUUGUUCCCCCCUGUGCCAAUAAAUUCAAGGUUAGUGUUAAGAGACGAUGUUUUGCCUGACGGAACUCGUGUUGGCAAGGGAUGGUUUGCUGAUUACUCAGCUUAUGCAAUGGGGCGGAUGGAGAGACUUUGGGGGCCUGAUUGUAGGGAGUAUAAGCCAGAGAGAUGGUUUGAUGGUGAUAAAAAUUAUCAACCUGUUGAUCAAUUCAAGUUUCCAGUGUUUCAUUGCGGUCCAAGAAUGUGUUUGGGGAAGGAGAUGGCUAAUGUGCAGAUGAAAGUCAUUGCUGGUGCAGUGAUGAACAUGUUUGAAGUCGACGUUGUCGAUGGUGGUGGUUGUGCUUCACGGAUGAAUAAUCCACCUUAUACAUUAUCGCUUCUUUUGAAAAUGAAAGGUGGGCUAAAUGUAAGACUGAAAAGGAGAGAACAAGAGACAUAAAAUCCAAAAUUCAAGAUGUGUCAUUUGAGUGUUAUGCACUGACUUUGGGCACAGAACUCCACUUGGUUGCAUUACAACAGUUAGUAGAUUGUUCAUUUACAAAGAAAAUGCAGAGCUUGCAAGUUUAGACAGAUGAUGUGAUAAAAAGCUUUGAACUGCUAUAAAAACUCUUGAUUGUUUAUCAAAGCAAUCAUAUGCCUAGGGUGUAAGGCCAUCUUGGACGUGCUUGGUGAACAGCUCAGGUGAAAGGCAGAAGUACAAGAAUUCUAAUGAUCACAAUAUCCUAACUAAAGCGAUAAAUAUCAAAGUCUAUCACCUGUAUCAAACUAGUCACUCAUUAAAAAAGUAACUCGGGGAAAAUUAGUAAAAAAAUCGAAUCAAUUUAGAUAGUAACAGAUGGUUUACUUGAUUUUCAAAUAAGUGACCAUAUUCAGUGACUUUCGUAA